CCGGCCCCCGCGGCCCCGGGCGCGGCCCCCGGCGGCCGCUCCGCCCGCGGCCCGGGGAGAUUGGACGCUUCGGCGGGAGCGCGCAGGACUCUGCUGGAACCUGCCAGUGAUAGGUAGUAGCUGUCCCCGGCCCUACAGCUGCCAGCAGAGGCUUCGAGUGUGCCCAGCCUGCAGAUCAAACUUCCAGCACCAGGAUGACAACUGGGAAAGGAAGGUGGUGGGAAAGAUGAUCCACCCCAGCUCUAUCGUGUAAGCUGUGGGCCCUGGGCCAUCCUUGCGUUCAGCCUCCCCAUCGGACUGUCUGCAGCCUGGACCAGGAGGAGCUGGGGAGCAGAAACAGCCCUAUCUGGACCUGGAAGUGGUUGUCUAAGCCAGGCAGAGUCCAGUGUGGUUCCUACCCCGAAGAAAACCCAUCAGUGGUGGUGCUACAGGAGAGGUCUCACGUGAGGGCCCUCGAUAGGAAGGACAGCUCUGCACUUCUGUAGCUGAUGGGAGAGGACAACAGCUUGGUAACAGGAGCUACCAAGAGCUGGCAGGAUGAGUUACAGCUCACCCUCUGUGCAUGACUUGCAUCACAGCACCCCCACCACAGCCAAGCCAGACCCAGGGACAGCUCUGGACGUGACUGUACCAGAAACAGCCACCGUAAGCCCUGAGACUACCAGUUUCAACAGCACCAAAAUCCCAGAUGUGGCCAGCACUGGACCUGGCAUGAGCACCAUGCUGCUUUCCUUUGGGAUCAUUACUGUGAUUGGGUUGGCUGUAGCAAUGGUUCUAUAUAUCAGGAAGAGGAAGAGGCUGGAGAAGCUACGGCACCAGCUCAUGCCCAUGUACAACUUUGAUCCCACUGAGGAGCAGGAUGAACUGGAGCAGGAGCUGCUGGAGCAUGGGCGAGAUGCAGCAUCGUCCCAGGCAUCACAGAACAAGGUGCUGCUGACGAGUCAGGGAGCCCUGCAGAGACCCAGCCGCCUCGUGUUCACAGACAUGGCCAAUGCCAUCAAUGCAUGACCAGGACCUGCCCUGCUCCAGGAUCCUGCUGAGAACAAGGAGGAUGAAGCCAACAAAGCAGUGACUUCCCUCAAGCAUGGCUGAUCCACCGAGCCCAGCUGGUCACCUGUUGGUUUGUGUUACAAAUGGGCACAGGAAGUGCCAUCAGUCUGGGAAGCCAACCCUUUGUAAGGGCAGUGGUGAUUUUCUGCUGUGUCUGUUACCACUCUAAGGUCUUGAGCUCCAGUUUCUGGGCUGGCACUGCCUGGUAACACCUACCAAGCUUUGUGCUUAGGAACAGUGCCUGCCUUGUACAGAUUAACCUGUCAGAGCACAGAGCUGUGGUCUGUGGGUCAGGGAAGGAGAGAGGUGCAUGUUUCAGAGACCUUCUCCACUGGCUCUGUGUGCCCAGGCCCCAAGGAAAGUGAUGGAUGGGCCUCUGCAGUGACCGCAGCUCUGGCCGGUCCUGGGAGGGGACUGGUGGCAAAGCCUCUUUGAGCCAGGAGAGCUGCCUGCCCCAGCUGAGGGGUGACCUGGGGCACAGCAGGGAGAACACAACCAUAGGAUUAUCCCCUCCCAGGUGCAUGGCUGCUGAUAAAUGUGCGUCAGGGUGAUGUUGAAGCACGGGGAAUUCACUGGCUUUAAAAAGUGAAGCGGUGAACAUUUGGCCACUUAGAUCUUAACUGAGGAAGUGGCUGAAUAUCCCAAAUUAGAGCUACUCUAUAGACAGAGGGAUUUCACACAGCUAGAGGCAGGGACUGUCACUGUCCGGCUACUGGUCUUAGGAGUAACAGUGCUCGGGCAACAAAGAGGAAUUGAGCAGAACUGGGGGUUCCAAUACCCCAUAGCCCCUCCUGCUUUGGCUCAGGGAAGUUUCUGCAGUGCAGAGUGUUACCCAGAAAAAAGGAUUAAGCUUUGAAAUACUUUCUUUUAAAUAAGGAAGAACAUGUAUUGGCUCAACAACAGCCCAGUGUUUGCCCCCAGAGAUGACUAACAGCUGGUUUGUACUUCCUUACCUGCCAGGACCUGCAGUCAGAGCCUUCUCUUCUUCCUGCUGAAGGGAACACAGAGCUUUGCGUUAGCCUCUGCUCGAGUUACCUGCUAGGAACAGGUAGGUGGGACUAGACAGGUAAGCCAGGGGUUUCCCUGUAGCCCUGAAGCAUCUCUCUGCCUGUGCAUCCUUCAGGGCUGCAGGAGUAAGAGAGUGCAAAGGGUCUCUGGCCACCUUGGCAUGUGGCACUGCAGUGUGGGGGCCUGUCCUCUGCAAGCCUUUUGAUGGGCACUGGCCCCAAGUGCUGCAGACCAGCACAGCAGCCAGGGACCAGCAUCAGAGCCCAGCCCUGCACUGAUCACCUCCUGAUCUUUGUGUGGUACAGGCAUUUGUCAAUCAGAUUGUAUUCCAUCCACAGCACCAGUUAAAAGGGAAUCAGGGCAAGCCAAAAUUUGAAUGCAGACCUAAAGCUUUAUGCAAGGAGAUGUUUCAGAGUGGCAAUUCAGGUAUCAUGUGCUUUGUUGCUAGUUUGGACCUGCCAGUUAGUUUUUGUUCUCCCACCUGUUUUCUUUUCUUCCCCCGUGUGAUUGUUUUUUCCAUAUUCAUUAAAUGCAGACUGUUUCCUCAGCAUAUGCCCCUGACCCCUGCAGGGCACAGUACCUUACCAGCUCUUCCUCUUCCACUGACACAGCUGCCCUCAGGGCAGCUUUGCAGGGCUAAGUUGCUUUAGUUUGUCAGUAUCCAGCUGUCUUUUUAGAACUAGGGAUUUCUGGGAGUAUAUUAGGGGUUGGAGUGUGGAAAACAGCCUAGCCCUCAUAGCCAGGAGAUGUGGCAGGAGGCACUCCCAGGCUGCUGCUGUUUGCCCCCAGGGAUGCUGCUGGGAGGAAGGUGCAUGGAUACAAAUACUCACUGUAAUGCAGAUUAGGUCCUUAGAAUUUGGAGUCUGUCUGUGGGUAUUCCCAGUGAUCAGCUGAGAGACAAAUACAUAAAUACAUCUGCUACCCACACACACACUUCCCAUCUCCUCCAGGUGCUCAGUGAGAGCAGCCACACAUCUGAUUUCUCCACUGCCUCUCACCUUUCCAUGCUCUGCAGCAGCACAGGGAUGCAAGUGGCAGCAGGGGGGUCCAGCUAUCCUAAAUUGCAGCAUUUUCUGCAGAAAUCUUAGGAUUGGAACUUUCAUCUUUGUUUUAAACUCAACAAAAGGCAAGUGUGAGCUGAAUUGUUUCCUCAAUGCCUCAGCCCACUGCAUGCCCUGCUCCCAGCUCUGUGUGCUGCAGUGGGAGCUGCCCAGCAGUGAUUCCACCAGGCCAGGUGCAAACUGCACCUUGGUCCAUGGUUUACUGAGAUAAAUCCUGUGCAAUGAACACACCAACAGAGGAAUUCUCUUGAACCAUCCUCCCUGUGAUGGUAGGCUUUGUCCUGUGAUGACUGCCCUUUAAAGUAAAGAAGUACAGAUAGUAAGAUUAAAAGAAUAUUAUGGGUAAUUGCUGGGCUCGUACUGGAGUAUUCUUUUAGUUCCAUAGCACCUCCUCUCACAGUUCUUGGAAGUAUAUGUAUAAUUUAGCAGAAGCAUUAUGAUGUAAUUUAAUUCAAGUGUUUCUGUGUUUUAAAGCAUUGAAAUAUAAUUAAACUAUUUACAUGAAA